AUGGCUACUCCUAAUAACCCAACCCAAAAUCUGGUAAGGCCGACACGCUUCAAGCUCGUGAGACUCAUCGUAAUAGUCUUGCUUGCACUCAUAAUCUUCGUUGGUCUAACCGUCCUGAUAAUUUGGCUAACCAUCAAGCCCAAAAAGAUAGUCUACUCCAUUGAUGAUGUCGUUAUCCACAACUACUAUUUAUCCAAUGCCAAUCACCUAAACGCGACCUACAACUUAACCCUUAGCGCGUACAACCCUAACAAGAAAGUUUCUAUUUACUAUGAUAAAGUUGAUAUUAUUGUCUUGUACGAUGAUGAAACUAUUAGCAGAGGGACUAUCGACGCCUUUUACCAGUCCAAAAUAAACACGACCCGUUUUAAGCUGAAUCUUGCAUCACAUGAUGUGGCAUUGCCGGAUCGGAUUGCACGAGAUCUAAAAGUGGAGAGGACGUUAGGUCGAGUCGAGUUGCGUGUGAAAUUGAAGACUAGAAUAAGGUUCAAGCUGGGAAUGUGGAAAUCAAGACAGUAUGACCACAUGAAAGUGUCAUGUGCACCCCUUAUGGUUCAUUUUUCUUCUUCCUCAAAGGGCUUCCAAAGGACCAUGUGUGAUGUUGAUUUUUAA